AUGGGUAGGCAAGAGUUAAAGGAUAGUUUGGAAGAUGAGGCCUUUGAACACCUUUAUCCUAAAGAGACAAAAGAACUCUUAGAAAAAUUAGAGCGUUGGAAGAAAGCUCACCCCUUUGCUCCAGAACGGAUUCUAGAGAUUUUGAAGAAAGGGCUGGAACAGGAAGGCUUGGCGCCAACGAUUACAAAUCGGGUGAAAGCCCCUUAUUCUCUUUGGCGUAAGAUGAAGAAAACAUCCCUUGCCUUCGAAGACAUUCACGACUUACUUGCUUUUCGGAUUCUAGUCGAUACCAUUGACCAAUGCUACAAAGUGAUGGAGACAGUUCAGAGGUCUUUUGAAGGACCCAUUGAGGUUAAAGAUUAUAUUCACGGUCAAAAAGACAACGGUUAUCAGUCAAUCCAUAUAAUCGUUCAGGAUUCCAGGUUUUCCCUCUUUGAAGUGCAAGUGAGGACUCAUACAAUGCACAAAGAGGCUGAACGAGGAUUGGGGGCUCAUUGGCGUUACAAACUCUUUGGGGAAAAGUUCUAA